AUGAGUGAAGAGGGCAGCGAAGGCUCGCCCGUGCGUUCUAAACGCAAACUUAAGAGAGUAGUGCUCCUAUCAGCGACAUCGGAGUCUGAUAGCGAUGAUAGCGUCGGCGUGGCGAGGACACGUAGAAAGAGACUGAGGGUGAUCAGUGAUGAUGAAGCAAGCAACAGUAGCGGUAGCUCGGUGAUCUGCGGUGGGGCGCGCCGCAGGCGCACCUUGCCCAAGUUACGUGAUUCUGAAGAAGACAGCGACACCUCGGGCUGGGCUACAGACCACUCUGAUGAACCUAAACCCACAUCCACGGCCGCGGCUAUGAAACCUGCAUCUGGUUUUGCAUCAGACAGUUCUGAAGGCAAUUCUGACAAAUGUUCAAUUUGUCUUCUACGUUUCACAGAUCAAGAAGUGGGCACUCCGCAAAGCUGUGAGCACAUCUUUUGUCUAGACUGUAUAUUGGAAUGGUCAAAAAAUGUGAAUACAUGCCCUGUUGAUAGAAUGACUUUUGAUUUUAUUGUUGUGAGAGCAUGUGCCGGUGGUCGUGUCUUACGCACUGAACCUGUUAAAGUGGUUGAGCGCAGACCGUCUGUAGAUAUAUUUGUAUUAGAAGAUUCAACAGUCUGUGAGGUAUGUGGAAGUACAGAUAACGAGGAGACAAUGCUACUAUGUGAUGGAUGUGACCUUGGAUACCACAUGCAGUGCUUGACACCACCCCUCACUGAGGUACCAUUAAAUCAAUGGCUUUGUCCAAAUUGUGAUGACUUAUUAGAUGUUAUUCAUACAUCUGAAGUUGACGACUUAUACUCUGGAAUAGAGGACUUGGAAAUGCCUGAAGGCCCUCGACCAGCAGCACUUAGGCAACCUAGGAAUGUUAGGAGGUCGUCACGAAAUCGAAACAAUACUGAUGAACCCACCACAUCAAGAGGAAAUCGGACCAAUUCUAAUUUAAAUGAAAUACCGACUACAUCCCGAGGCUUGAGGUCAACACACAGAAGUAUUACUACUCGUCCUUCUAGAAGGUCUACAGGGACACAUCGCAGAAGAUACAAAUCAAGAAGAACCAGAACUGUUAUUAUGGAAUAUGAAAUUGAAGAAAAUGGUAAAUUUCCUGUAACAAAAAGAAUUAAAAGGAAAGUAAAGAAAAGAAGGACAAAAAAACGACAGCCACGAACUGCCGCGCGACGUUCACAUGUUCGUGCUAGUGUUCGAGCAAAAUUGGCUAAUAUGAAAAUUGAUCAACAAACUCUUCCCUCAAAUUCUGGAAGGCAGGAUUUGUCAGUUCGCCGACAAAGGGCUGGCAUUGCUUCCCUAAAUCUAUUUAGCAAUGCAAAUGAGCUGGAAUAUUUUUCCGAUGAUGAUGACCAAGAUGUAAACAUUUCUAAUGGCCCUAUGACUGCUGUAGCCAUCAGACCAACAUCUAACAUUCUUAGUGCAUACAGACAGGCAAGAAGAAAGAUGAUUUCAAUCCCAUCACCACCUCAUGCAACAUCUGCACCAGAUAUUCUCUCUAAUAUUCUGGAGAGUCAAACAUUGUUACAUUCUAAGAAUUCUAUAGUCUCAAUCUCUGUUGAUGGUAAUGUGGAUAUUAAACUACAAACAAAGAGACAAAGUAUAUUACCAACUAAUAAAGAUACAGCUCCAACAAAAGCAAACGAGAAACUUGAUUUGUCAAAAGGUGAAGAUGCGGCUAAGAAAGCUCCAUCAUAUCCAGGUCAGUCCCGUGGCGGCGGAUGGGGUGGGGGUUACCGGGGAAACUACCACCGAGAACAGAAUUCUAGUAACUUCAAUAGAGGAAACAACUACGACAACAAUUAUGGAGGUGGCUAUCAAAACCGGCAAGGAAAUAUGAAUUACCAAAAUAACAAUAUGCGACGUGACGAAGAUUCUUAUGGUAAUUAUGCAAGAAGGCCUCCUCAAUACUCACUCAAUGAUGAUGCUUACUUUGAGAGAUCCAGAAGACAAGUCCCAAAUGAUAAUAACAGAGGGCCCAACUAUGGUCAACCUCAACAACAGAGGUUAAAUGAUCAAGGACAGGGUAGGUAUAGCUUAGGCACAGCAUGGCAGCCUUUUCCUAUUGGAACACCUGGACCAAGGCCGGAAAACCAAUUGUUACAAAAUAGACACUCUUUUGGUGGAUUUGAAAAUCCUCUGGACAUGCGAAUGGGGCAAGCACCACCUUCAGUUAGUUCUAUCAACACCAAUAACGAUAUGUUCACUCGUUCUGAUACUUCUGUUGUAGAUAAAUCUCAAACAACAAACUACCAUCCAUUACCAGAACCGCCAAUUUUUAGCUUUUCCAAGAUGCCUGAUGUUGAAAAGUCAGAGGACGAAAAGAGCGAUUCAGGGUUAGUGAUAGACACAGAAAAAUACGAUCCGACUGAGCCGACAAAUGAUGAUGAUGAUAGCUGCGACGAAGACAAAACUGUUGCUUUGCCCACAGCUCCUGAGCCAUCUCCUCCGCCGACGCCUGCUGCAGUUCAAAACAUAUUAGCAGGAAUCGACACCAGUACAAUGAAUGUGCCACCUAAUAUUUUAGACAGUGCAGUAAGACAAGUGUUAAAGGAACAUAAGAAUCUAAUAGUUUCUCCUACCGUACAACAUGAUUUGUCUAAUAAUAAUAAAAGUGACGAGGAUUCUGAUGGUGACUGUCCAAAUUUUUCUAUUUAUUCAGCUACCAGUGUUCAUAUAGCUAAUAACAGUAGUAGUUUAACCGACGAUUUUGCGAAAGAAGUGCCACAAGAUAAUCUUGAAGAUCUUGUACAAGAAGAUGACGAUGUAUCUCCAUCUGAAAGUACACCACCGAAUGAAAUAGCAAAUUCAGGAUCUGAUAACAAUAAAUCAGCAGUGGAAUUAACAAUAACCAAUAACAAACCAAACUAUUCUAUAUUUGACAUUAGCACAAAAAAUAAAACUGAGGAAGAAUAUAAAGAAAAAGUUUCUAAAAGAUGUCCCAUAACUACAAACACACGAAAUCCAAUUAAAAUAAAACUUAAUACACCUUCACUGAUUAAAAGACAAUUAACUUUAUAUGAUGAAGAAGACACAAGUGAAGAAGUUGAAAUAACGGAAAAAGUGGAAACACAAGAUAAAUCUGAAUUAUUGUCAGACGAAAAACCUGCUAGUAAUUUAAACACCGCAACAGAAAUAGAUGAAGCAAAAAACGAACCUAAUGAGAAAGAGAAUGAUAAUAAAGAAAAAAUAGCCUCAGAAAAGAACCUCGCAUCGGAAAUAUCAUCUGUUGUCUCCUCCAUAGCAGAUUUACCAGACACAGAAAAGGAGGAAGAUGACGUUACCUCAAAUAAACCAGAUAGUAAUGAAAUUGAAAAGAAAGAAAAUGGAUUUUCCACAGUUGAUAUAGAAACAGAAAUGAAUGAUGAAACUAAAGAUUCAUUAACAAUAGAAAAACAACCUGAAGGAAUAAGUGAUGAAAAGGAAAAUGAGGAUGCCAAUUCAGAUAAUGAUAAAUCUGAAAGAGAGUUGCAGUUAGAGGAAGACGAUAUUUCUGAUGAAGAACUCUGUCUUAACACACAGUCUCCGGAAAAAGACUCCGAAAUUAAAAAUAUCGAAGGUGUGGAAAAAAUGACAGAAUCUAUAAGCGAAACUGAAGAUGAACGUAGCUAUACGCCUUGCCUUGACGAAAAUAAAUCAAAGGACACAUCACUUGAAAACGAGAAAGAUAAAGGUUUAGAAGGUCUCGAUACUGAAAUGAUAUCUGAGGAUGAAGGAAAUGAAAUGUUCUCUGAAAAUGAAAAAGCUCCCUCUGAAGUGUCGCACACCUCACCAGUCAGAGCUCAACCGACUGCCGGAAACGAAGAAGGGGAAAUAAUGGAAAAAAAGAAAGGAACCAAAGAAGAUCGCGACGAGGGUAAGAAGAAAAAGAAAAAAGAAUCUAAAAAAGAAGGAAGAGACAAAAAUAAAAGUAAAAAUAGAAAAGGUGAAAUUGCUUUUAAGAAACUUAGUAAGAAUGGUAAAGAAAGGAAUUACAGAGAAAGAGACAAAGAAGAAAAAAGUAAGAACAGAAAGGAACGUCGCGAAUCGAGUGAAACUGCGGAAGAAAAACAAAAGCGGCGAAAGGAAAAAAGAAAAGAUUUAGAGCGAUAUGACGUUCGCACUGUAGUAUCGGAAAAAAGGAAAAAAAUGAAAGACCCUUUUGGGAGAGAUAUUUCGCCUCGAAUGCGGUCGACUUCACUUUCGCCGGUCGGUGAUCAAACUCCCACACGAAUACGGAGAUCGUUCUCUCGUGGCCGAAGGUCAACGUCGAGAGGCCGAAAAUCUUUAUCUAGAAUACGAAGAUCUUUGUCCAGAGGACGGAAAUCAUUAUCGCGUUCGCGUCGAUCGAUCUCACGGGGUCGAAAAUCUCUCUCAAGAAGUCGCAGAUCGCUUUCGAGGAUUCGCAAAUCGUUAUCUCCAGGCCGCAGGUCUCACUCCUUAGGAAAGAAAACUCCGCCUAGAGUCCGAAGGUCCAGAAGUAGGCUUUCGGCGACUAGAAUUCGGGCUUCGCCUUUGAGGGGAAGAAAGUCACCAUCGAGAGGACGUGUGUCACCGCACAGAGGCCGAAAGUCUGCGUCGAGAGGUCGACGAUCGGCGUCGUCGGUGGGAAUCAGGCGCAUACGGCCGUCGCUUUCGCCGCGUUCGGCUACUCCGCGCAUAACGCCUCGACGCUCGCCCGAACGUAAAAGGCGGCGCUCCAUAUCGCCACGGCGUCGGAUAUCGCCGCGACGACGCCGUUCCGUCUCGCGAGGCAGAAAACGCCGCAGAUCCGCCUCCAGGAGCCCUAAACCCAAACCGACCAAAAAGAAGAAGCGCUCGCGAUCCGAGAGACCUCCUUCGCGCCGGCGUUCUCCGCGCCCGAAGUCGCCGAAGAGAAAGAAGAACAAGCGUCGCACCGCUAGUCGCUCCCCCGAACCCGAGCCGCUUCGGAUCGCCGCCGAUUGGUCGCCGCCCUCCGUCGAUUCGCGUCUGCUAUCGCCGCGUACCCCGCCUGCUGAUUUAUCUCCCGAUCCCCGCAAUCUGAGGGUGGUGGUUGCGGCCGACGACAAACGUAAGCGCAAGGAGAAGAGACGCCGCGACCCGGAGAGACAGCGACACAAACGCGGCCGCGACGUCGCUGGUCCGUCGAAGGAGGUUUUCACGUCCGGCGACAACAUCCUCGUCAGCGUAAGCUUCAAGGAUCAGGAGCGGGAGGAGCAGAGCGAGAAGCGCAAGCGACGGGAGACGAAGCGCGAGAAGAGGAAACGAAAGCGCGCCGCAGUCCCGCCCGAGACGGAGACUGUGAAGCCGGUCGCGAUCAUCGACUUGGAGCGCUCGCCGUUCCGCGAGCUGACGCCGUCGCCGAAAAACGUGAUAGUGCUGAGUGAUAGUGACCACGGCGAGAAGGAGACGGGCGCGGUGGCGAGUGAGACCGUAGAGGCGGGCGUUGUAGAGGCUCCGCCCGCGGGACCGAAGACUCCGCCCGAGCCCGCGCAGCCGCCCGUCCCCGCCGCCGCGCACUCCCCGCCACGCGCCCCCCGCACCCCUCGCUCGCCGCAUUCCCCCCACUCGCCACGCUCGCCUCGUUCGCCGGACGCAUACGACCCGUUCGAGCCGACGCGCUCGCCGUCUGCCUCGCCAGGCGCGGCGGAGCCUCCGGUGGAGGCGGGGCCGGGCGCGGGGGCAGGGGCGGGCGCGGUGGUGGGGGCAGGUGCGGGGGAGGGGCUGGCGGCGGAGGGCGAGCCGCGCGCCAUGACGCUGGAGGCGGCGCAGCGCACCAACCUGUCGGCGGACGAUGUUCUGGCGCGCCGCCCGCUGUCGCCCAUGCAGAAGGUGUUGGCACUGCUGCAGUCGACGCGCGACGAGGCGCCGGAGCCGCCGCCGCGUAGCGACGCACUGCCGCCGUUCCCGCCGAAGUUGUUCGUGGGCAAGGCGGAGCCCAUCAAGUCCAACCCGGUGAAGCCGAUGGCGCGCCGCGAGGACGAGGCCCCUGACUCCCCCUACUCGCCGGGCUCCAGCGAUUUCGGCGAUCUCUUCGAGCCUCCGCCCGCCAAGCGAGACAUCUUUGACGCGCUCUUCGACAAGCCGCCCAAGCGCAAGGGCAAGUCCUCGGCCGCGAAAGUGCCGGUCAAACUCAACAAGAAAAAAGGUAAUAAAACCCAUGUAGGUGUAAAGAUAGAUGAAGAUAAUUUGAAAAUCUUAGACGAUCUGCCGAGCUCCGCCGUCGAAAUGCAAGUCAAGAGCAAAUUCUUGAAGAAGCUAAACCGCCAAGAGCGAGUGGUGGAGGAAGUGAAGCUCGUGCUAAAACCUCACUACAACAAAAAACACGUCACGAAGGAAGAGUACAAAGACAUACUUCGACGCGCCGUACCUAAGAUCUGUCACAACAAGUCCGGCGAAAUAAAUCCGACCAAAAUCCAAGCCCUCGUGGAGGCGUACGUGAAAAAGUUCAGAAAAAAACACAAACUCGGACUAGUGUAG